CGGCGUGCUCAUCCCAAUGGCUUACCCACCCUGCCCUGUGGUCACCCAGCCAUCGGCCGUCGGCCGGUGCUGCCCAUCUCCGUACAGAGACUGGAAGACGGAUCUCUUGGACUGCUACGCUGACAAGGGGAUCUGUCUCUGCGGAAUCUUCCUCCCCUGCCUCUUGGCUUGCAAGGUGGGUGUGGAGUACGGCGAGUGCUUUUGCGUCCCGUUCAUCCCGGGGGCGCUGGUGGCCAUGCGGACGGGCCUGCGGGAACAACUGCGCAUCAAGGGCUGCGUCUGCUUCGACUUGUUCGCCUUCUGCUGCUGCUGCCCCUGCGCCCUUUGCCAGAUGGCCCGGGAGCUGAAGAGCCCCUGCUAGCCUGUUUCCGCGCCUUCCCCUCCACUUACCCGGCUGUUCCCAACACCCAGAUGCUGUGGGAUGAACUGGGCCCACUCGGUGCCUCUCCCAGAGCUUUGCGGCUGAUAUGGGGCCUGGCUAGAUAUCCUUGCCGCGUGGGGAUCUAGGAACUGCAGCCCAAGAGGACGCUGAAGGGACCAUUUUUCUUUGGACUGGCGCAGAUCUCCUCUCCCUGUCUCCCCGCACUUCUUAGUUGCUGCUUCACCGAUGAGCGAAGCCCAAACCUCCUUUUGAAACUGGUAAGAGCGGGUUGCAUUAGCAGCCUCUCCCCGGUAAUAACUAUGCUAGGAGGCAGAUGAAAGGAGAGAAGGGGAAAUGAGCCGUCCACCUCUGAUUCGACUGCGGGGCUCCUCGCUGCCACCUCCGAGGGCGGGGUGACGGAGCCGCUUCCAAAAGGGCAGAUCACCCAGCGCCGGGACGUAAACAGCCUUGGGGGAGCGGGAGGGUGAGGAACAAUUUGCCAGAAGCUGAGCAAAAAUGGAUGGGCUGGUUUAUCUCGGUGGAAUCCGGCGCCGAAGCUUUUCCUGGACGGCAGCGCUCGAGGCGACAGGUGCGAUGGCUUCCGAAAACAAAACUCUCACGGAGUGAAGGACCGCGUCAGCAAGGAGGCGAGCUCCUGGGAUGCUGCCCUUGGUUUAUUUGUUAUCUUUCGUAAGGGAGCUCUCAAAGUCUGAUCUGGCACGAGCUGAGCUGACGUGGCGCAAUCCAGGAAGAGCUUGGCUUGUUGACACGAGGAACACAAAAAUGACAAGACGGCUUUCUUGAUUACC